GUAGUUGCUAGUCGACACAACCGAAGCCGGUUUAGUAGCUGAGCGAGCAUCGAGACGCAACGUACUCUGUCCAACAUCAAGGCCUUCCAGCCGGGUGCUGCAUUAUUGAUCGCGAACGUUUGUUGAAAAGGCGACGCGAAGAAUGGGCAUAUUUCGCGAGUUUCCCAUAGUCUUUAAUCUUUACAAGAAGUAUAGUUAGUCUGCGGUCGUUAAUCGCUCGUACAAGAGAUACAGGUGAAUCUUCCAGGCGUCCUCCAUCACUGACAUUCGUAACAUCAAGAUAAUCUAAUCAAGUUAUCUGAAGGAAGAUUAUUUUGAGGAUUGUUCCGUGAUUACAAAGCAAACGUGCUCUUUGAAAAUCGUGUCAAAAUGUCACAGAUUACGUCAGAAAUCAUGGAAAAAAAGAAUGCUAUUCAAAGGAAACCCACUCUGGCAAGACGAGUGUCCGAUUUAUUUAAGGAUGGAAACUACAACGGACCACCGAUGCUGUUUCGACACGCGUCAAUGCAAAAGAUCCGCCAUUGCUGCCAGAAUCUAUACCUGUUACCGUACCUUCUUUACACCUUCGAGAACUCCAAGUCGCUCAAAGUGCAAAUUAGUCUCAGUCGUUUUCUUCAGGAUAUCACCAUCAGGUUCCUCCUCGCGUACGAGAAUCUACGUCAGCUAGCUCUGCGCGAAAUUCGCGUCGAAGAACCGAUCACCGCGGAACCUAACGAUGAACCUGUCGCUAAACUUUCCGCUAGUUUCGGCGGAUUCGAGAAGCCGAAACGCAAACCGCAUCCUCUGUACCUGGUCGCAGCCGUGUACCUCGUGCCUUUAUUAUUAGGCUUCCAGAUGGUAACUUUAUGUGGUUUGACAAUCCUUGGCAAGUACACCCCAGGCUUCAUCUUCCUGAUAUCCGCCCUGCUUUUCCUCGGCGGCAUCGCCCUCAAGAUAUUGUUGCACGAGACCGUGAGACACGGCGCCAACAAGUGCGAGAGGAAAAAAGUGCAGUGAUCCCACGUCUCUUUAUCAUCUAGAGAUAGACGAAGAAUUGAGAGAAUCCCGAGUUUUGUCUGCAUAUUCGACAAACGUUCGCAUUAUAUUACGUAUACUUCCGUUAUUAUGCAAUCCCAGCAUAUGUGAGCGCGUUGACGAAAUCUUUUGCGAUAAAGUCUUCCAUUUAUUUUUUUGACGUAACUCUUUAAGGUUCCUUUUUUUACGCAAUUAGUCAUCUCGAUUUCUACAUAUGUACUCUCUUUUUUUUAUAUGUAUAUAUAAUGUUAUCAAGUAACCGUCAAAUAGGUUUGACGUAGACGACAUCAUUGACAGGCUUAAGUACAAUUAUACUACUUGAUUGCAAGAACGUGUUAUUAAAUAGAAGCAUAAUAUUAAUCUUUCUCAAGCGUAAUCUCGGAGAACAACUUGUAUUCUUAGAUUUUUUUACAAAGUGAGCAUCGCAAGUAGUAUCUUGAUGAUAUCCUCUGUAGCAUAAGACUGAGAAUUGUUUUUAACGUACAUUAUUGUAAAUAAUAAAACGAGCGAGUGAGAAUAUAUACGGAAAAAGGCAGAUUUGCAAUUUGCUCAAGAAUAAGAAGUAUAACAGAAUACGUUUAUAUAGGAACUCGGUACGUCCAUUGUGUGUGUGUGUGUGUUUGUGUGUGUAUGCGAGGGUGAGUACAUGAAAGUUAGUCUGAUCUGUGAUGGAGUGGAGGAUACAAGUGAUAAUCUCGCGGGCACUUGCAAUACCACUUAAUUACAUGCGAUAAGAAUUAUUGUUAUAUAAAUUCGAUUUUUCUGAGAAUACCACACAUACCAGGGUGUGAGGAUAUAUAUUAUAAAUAUAUAAUUUCCUACUGAAAAAUAAAACUGA